AUGGCGGGGAAAAUGACGCUGUACAAGCUGGUGGUGCUGGGCGACGGUGGUGUGGGAAAGACCGCCCUGACCAUACAGUUGUGCUUGAACCACUUCGUUGAGACGUACGACCCCACCAUUGAAGACUCGUACCGCAAGCAGGUGCAAAUUGACGGCCAGUCCUGCAUGCUCGAAGUCCUCGACACGGCUGGCCAAGAAGAAUACAUCGCCCUGCGGGACCAAUGGAUACGCGACGGCGAGGGCUUCGUACUCGUCUACAGCAUCUCAUCACGCUCCUCCUUCGCCCGCAUACAGCGAUUCCACAGCCAAAUACAGCGCGUCAAAGAGACGGCCAUGGCUGGCUCACCGACCUACCCCGGCUCGCCCAUCAGCGCAUCAGCUCCCAUGUUCGGCCAGGCCCCUGUGAUGCUCGUCGGAAACAAAUGCGACCGUGUCACGGAGCGUGAAGUCUCCACCCAAGAGGGUCAAGCUCUCGCAAAAGAACUCGGCUGCGACUUUGUCGAGGCAUCCGCCAAAAACUGCGUCAACGUAGAAAAGGCCUUCUUCGACGUCGUUAGACAGCUCCGACGGCAACGACAAGGCAGCGGACGCAACCCCACAGACAGGAAAGAAGCCCGCGUACGUACCGGCCUGCACGAGAAGGACCGCACAAGAGGAGCCGGUGACCGUCGCACACGGGGUGCCGGCAUGACGGGCGGUAACAAGCGCGGCAAAGAGAAACCGAAGUGCGUCAUUCUAUGA